AUGGAUAACUCUACGUCAUCGUCACCCACUGCAGCGAUGCUACAGAUGGAGACUCCUGCAAAUCCUGGCAACGCUAUUGCUCUUCCAAUAUUUGCCGCGUUGUCCAUCGUCGCCAUGAUCCUUCCCCUGCGAGACUUCUACCGAAAGGGGAACUUUGCAGCGUGCAGCAUGAUCGUCGCCGUCACUAUCUUGAACUUCUAUACCCUCGUCAACGCUAUCCUAUGGCCGGACGACGACUGGGAGCAUUGGUGGAAAGGAGAAGGGCUUUGUGAUCUGGAGGUCAACACGAGAGCUAUGAUGACCACAGCAAUGUACUGCAGCAUGUCCUGCUUUACCAGGAACCUGGCCGGUGUGUUCAACACGGACAACCAUUCGUUCUUUCACAGCUCCGCAAUGAAGCGCCGCAAACUCAUGAUUGACAUCAUCUACUGCUGGUUCCUCCCAGUCCUCCAGAUUGCCUUGGUAUAUACCAUCAGUCUUGGCAGGUACUCAAUCUUUCCGGUGUAUGGUUGUUACAAUGGGGUGGAUCACUCCUGGCCUUUCGUGGUAUUUUAUCUUAUUCCGGGGCCAAUCUUUACGCUCUUUACGGCAUAUUAUGCCAUUCUCAUGAUACGGGGCCUUCUCAAGUACCGCAGAAACAUCAGCAGUGCACUCGCAAGCAGUGGCUCAGGAAUGACUUCGCGCUACUUCGUUAAGCUUUCCAUAAUUGCCCUGUCACUCCUGGUUGUCUAUUUCCCUGUUCAAUUCUACUUCUUUUACGCCCAACUCCCAAUACCGUUCCACGCAUACAACUUUUCGGCGAUCCAUAACCCAGCCAUCUGGAAUCCGGUUAUGUUCUUCCAUACCUGGAACAGCCCUGGAUUUCAGUACAUUGGCUGGGCUUCGAUAUCCUUCUCAUUUAUGAUAUUCUGCUACUUCGGUUUCAACAACGAUGCGAUCGACACGUACCGCAGCUGUCUCGCCAUGUGCGGGUUCGGGAUGAUCUGGCCGAGCCUAAAGAAGCCGAGAGUACGUCCGAUGCAAGGUAGCACUGAGAGGAGCGGCUUUUGGGGCCGCUUCGACUUGGUGAGUAAGGCCAUGAAGCACUUUGAUAUGAGCAGGAAAGAUAGCCAUGGAACGAGUGGUACGACAAUGGUUGCUCCAUCUGAGGUCACGCAAUCUUGCGGGGAAUCCCAGGCUACAUUUCCACUUACGCAUAUCAGCACAACCACCGGAGAGUCGACGAACGCACCCAGCUUCUACAUGCACGCCGGUGCAGAUUCGACUCCUGCCGGUCCAUCAACGCUCGAGGCGACACCCUCUUCCAGCCUUCCCUUACAAGUCCCUCAUACUAUCCCUGGAUCCGAAACACCGCCCUCACAGCCAAGGACGAAGACUCUAUUCUCAAUGUUUCGCACAAAUAUCAAUCUCCCUUUUCCACCAUUCCCAAACUCAAAGCAUCACAUUCCGACCCGACAUAGAACCUCCACGUCGAGUACCCACUCUUUGUCUCCCUACGAAAGCAAUAACCCGGACAUAGAAGCCGCACAUCACUCGCCCACGUCCCUGAACCACGGCCUAACAGGCACCACGACCAAUAUCUGGAGCGAUACGCAAUCUCCCUGCAAAGAAAUGCGAAUUGUGGAGCUCCAGAACCUAAAGAAAGGUUCAAGGCCAUCCCGCGAGAGGGAACGUCGGCAGCCAUCGGGAUCGCAGUCGGAGAAUUGUGGAAUGCGCGGCGUUGUGGUUAAGAAGGAAUUGGAAAGGAGGGAAAGUGAUGCUGAAACUUCUAGUACCCCUUGA